AUACGUUUGAUCGAUACCAGUCCUAGCAACUUAAAUAUCAAUGUCACAAAAAGGUUAAGAAUCCUUGGCAUUACGCAAUCAAAAAUCAUCAUUGCGCGUGUUGUGGCAUAAAAAAUAACUUCUAAAGAGAACACAUGGCCAAAAAAGGUCAACCAGUACAGUUACAAAUCGAAGUUACCAACGAUGACGAAUGGGAAAAGCUUUUACAAAAAGAUGGACUCAUCGUGAUUGAUGUAUAUUCUGAUUGGUGCGGCCCCUGCUUGGGUAUGCAAGCCAAUUUAAAAAAAAUUAAGCUGGAGGUGGGAGGAGACAUGCUUCAUCUGGCUGUGGCCAAGUCUGAUGGGAUAACUGUCUUAGAGCGCUUCCGUAAUAAGAGCGAACCAACUUGGAUGUUUGUAUCGAAGGGCAAAAUGGUAAACUUAAUGUUUGGAGCAGACGCCCCCAAACUAACCAGGCUGAUUCUGGAAGAACUAAAAAAGGAGCAGGCCCAGCACGAUGGACAAACUACAGAUCGUGUUCUUUUAGAAAUAACUGACUUGGCCAGCGAAGAAAAAGUAAGAUACGAUGCCAAAGAGAUUAUUGAAAAGCAGAUAAAAGAAAAAGAGGACCGAAAAAGAGCAAAAGAAUUGUUGGAGAGGCGCACAAAGGAGUGUGAACAAAUCCUGACAAACCUUCCUAAUUAUGGAUGCGCCCUAGUCUUUCCCUCUGCCAGAGACAAAUACAAGGAGGUCCUCAAUGAAAUCCUUGAUGAAGCUGGUCUUAACAUUAAUCAGACAGAAAAGAUCAAUUUAGAUGAAACAUCCAUAAAAGAACUCUGCUUUUUUUCUCAAGUCGAAGAAGAAUUUUCAGAAGAAGCUAUUGAAGAGCUUUUCAACAAUGAAGCACAUAUGAUCCUUUUUAAUGUUGCUCCUAGAACAGACAUUGAAGAUAUUGACGAUGCUAUUUUAACAAUGAUUUACGGACAAACAAAAAAGCCUCCGGGAGCUCCUGACAGUUUUGCCAAAAAGCUGCUUAAAGUUCUAGAUGAAGAUGAGGAACAGGAACAGAAAGAAGCACGGAAGCAUGAUCAUGUAGUUUGGGUUCCCUUAACACCUCAAAUAAGAGCUACAGCCUUAAGAAUGUAUUUCCCAAAAGUUACUGCAGAUUUCACUAUAGAAGAACCACCUCCUGAGCCAGAGCAUUUAGCCGUUAUCUUUCCAAUUAAAAAAAAGGAUGAGGUUGUACCAAUUCUCAACCAGUUCCCUAAUAUGAUAAUGAAGCAAGGAAUAUUCAGCAGCGAGUUGCCUGAGGAUGCCCAAGUGGUAGCCAAAAGCUUAAAGAAACUUGAAAAAAUUCCCCCAAAAGAACGAAACUACAGUGAAGAAAAGCUUGUCCUUCAAGUAUCCAAACAAAAAAGUGAAUGUAUAUUUGCCUUGGCCCAACUGGAACCGUUGUACAUGUCCCCAAACGCUAAAGAGGGUAAAUCAGAAUGCGAGAAAUUCUUUCCUGAAGAUUAUGAUGAGGGUGAAUCCGAGGAGGAGGAAGAAGAAGAAGAGGAGGAACCAGAACAAAUACCUACAGCAGAAACAUCAGCGCCUCUCGGUUCUGGUAGUGAACUUCCGUCAAUAGUAGCCAGUGAAAAUCAAGAUGAUGAAAUAAAAGAAGCUGAAGAAUGUGAAGUGAAGGAAGGUGAAGAUGGUGAAGAAGUUCUUGUAUGUCAAAAAGCCGAAGCCGAACAGGGUGAAGUACCUAUUGAAGGAAGUCAAGACCUGAUAUCUCCAGCAGUAGCAGGAAGUGCUGAAGGAGUACCUGAAGAACCAACGGCUUGUGAAAUAGGAUCUGCUCCUCCUCCAGAAGUAAAAAUCUUACCUGAACUCCUGGAAGAGCUUCUUUUCUUUUCCAAAGUGAAGUUUCCUUCAAAGACCAUCGAAGACUUUGGUAGCAACCGUUUGUCUUUCGCUCUUUUGUUCAAACGCAGCAAUGAAAACUUAACGGGAAAUAUAGAUGAGGUGGUUCUUCAAAUGGUGUACGGAAAUUCUCGAAAACCGCCAGGAGACGAUAAAUCCCCCGCAAUGAAGUUAAGGAAACUUUGGAUCGACGGAGGUAAACCAAAAGACUGGCUGGAUUUGAAGCAAAAUUUAUCUGAAGAGGAGUUAAACGCGUUGGAAAAUAAUGUUUUACUUGGUAUUUGGGCUCCUCCAAACUCUCUUAAUAAAGCAACAGUUUUAAAAUUGUUCUUUCCUAGCAUUUCGACCCCCUUUAAGAUGCCUGAUUUGAAGGAACAGCCUUUACACCUUGCUGUGGCUUAUGAUGCCUUUAAAGCCAAAGAAGUAUUUGAGUUAUCAACCAAAUACCCAGGAAAAAUUAUGAGUUUUGGUUACUUUAGUAGCGAUAUGCCAGGGGAAGCAAAGCUACUGGGGAAGACGACUGAGAAAUAUGAGGCUAGAGCUACCCCUGUCACCUAUGAAGAAAAACUCGUUAUCCAAUUGGUCAAAGAUGACCCGAAUAUUUUCUUGGAAUUCAUGGAAUUAGGACCGUCCUAUGUAAGUCGAGAUGUCGAUAUAGGAGAGUUGGAUUGCGCCUACUUUUUCCCUCCUGGAUAUAAUACACCUGAAGCCGAAAUUAUAACUUAUUUAAAGAAAAAGUCCAAACGUAAACUUAAAAUAGGUAAAUUCAAACCGACAGCAGACAAUCUAGAAGACGGAGAGCCUCAAGUGGCUGUUGAAUCAGUACCGGCCGAAGCUGUAGAAGCAACCGCUGAGGAAACUGAAGCUGUACUUGAGGAAGCUGCCCAAGAGGAACAGGAAAGCGACGAAGAAGAAAUUGAUGAAGGCGAUGCUAAAAGAGAGGGUCAGGAAAAGGGAGAUGAAGAAGGCGGAGGAGAUAUGGAGAGUGCUGAUAAAGCUACAUCGCCAGUAGGAGGAGAGUAGGCAAAAAUGUUGUUUUGAUGUAGGUAAUAAAUAGUUUAAUGCUUA